GACUUGCACGCUCAUACAUUUCCAUUUAUUACAAAUCCAUCGAAACAAACCGCAGGGAGCUAGAGAUCUGCAAUCAUGGAAACUCAAAGUCCCAAAUAGAUCUGAUCUAUCUGACUUCCUCAUCUGCCGAGUGUAGAGUUUCCCUCUCAUCGCCUCCAUCGUUCCUCUCCAUCAUUACCGGAUGCGUACUUCUUCCGGUUGCCGUGCUUCUCGCCUCUGCCCGAGGAAACUCCACUUCACACUCCGUAUCUAACACCACUGGACCUUGUCGUAUCUUGCGGUUUCCGAGGGCUUUUUACCCCACCCUGUCAAUCAGACACCUCGUCAAGUGUCCGUGAUUCAUUGUUUGGCUGAUAAAACUUUCCUCAUGGAAAAUGCUUUAAGGUUGUUGAAAGGUCGCAGCUUUCCCGGUAAGGUAUUCAUAACCCCCAGGGCAGACCCGCUGGAUGCCUCAGCCUUAUACUCCCCAACUAGUAGCCGGAUAAUAUCAAAUGAAACAGGGCCAAAUGAACAAAUUGAUGAAUCCCAUGAGGAUGAAGAAAGCAGAAGCAACUCUGAUCCUAGUUCAUCUGUUAACAAGAUGAAUUCAUCAACAUCAAAUGUCGAGCCCAAGUACACAGAAAUUCCAAGGACCCCGAUGGGUUCUAGAGCUACUGAUUCAGCAAGGUUAAUGAAGUUCACUAAAGAACUGUCUUCAACAACUGUUGUCUUAGAUAAACUGCGUGAAUUAGCCUGGAGUGGUGUUCCACCAUAUCUGAGACCAGUGGUGUGGAGGCUCAUUUUGGGAUAUGCACCCCCUAAUUCAGAUAGAAGGGAGGGAGUUUUGACAAGAAAGCGCCUUGAGUAUCUUGAUUGUGUUGCUCAGUAUUAUGAUAUUCCAGACACUGAGCGCACGAGUGAAGAGAUAACCAUGCUCCGGCAGAUUGCUGUUGAUUGCCCAAGAACAGUUCCCGAUGUCACUUUCUUUCAACAAGAAAAAGUCCAGAAAUCACUGGAGCGCAUACUUUACACAUGGGCCAUUCGGCAUCCUGCGAGUGGCUAUGUACAGGGAAUUAAUGACCUAGCAACACCCUUUAUGGUUGUUUUUUUAUCGGAGCACUUAGAGGGAAGCAUUGAUAAUUGGAAGAUAGCUGAUCUUCCUGCUGAGAAAAUAUCUAACGUAGAAGCUGACUGUUAUUGGUGCCUAACAAAGUUGCUUGAUUGCAUGCAAGAUCAUUACACAUUUGCUCAACCUGGAAUUCAACGAUUGGUCUUUAAGCUAAAGGAGUUGGUUAGACGGAUUGAUGAGCCCAUCUUAAGACACAUGGAGGAGCAAGGACUUGAAUUUCUACAAUUUGCUUUCCGCUGGUUCAAUUGUCUGUUAAUACGCGAGAUCCCAUUCCACCUAGUUCAUCGUCUGUGGGACACUUAUAUAGCAGAAGGUGAUGCACUGCCAGAUUUCCUUGUGUACAUAGCUGCCAGUUUCCUACUAACGUGGACUGAUAAGCUACAGCAGCUUGAGUUCCAAGAUAUGGUAAUGUUUAUCCAACAUCUUCCAACUCAUAGAUGGAGUGAUUUAGAGUUGGAAAUGGUGCUCUCACGGGCUUACAUGUGGCAUGCCAUGUUUAGUAGCUCACCUAGCCAUUUAGUUAGCUGAAGACUUCUUGCUCAACAGCGGUGGCCUCGCCUAUCCUGCUUAUCUGGUUCAAUUUGAAUCAAUGGCUAAAUUUUUGGGUGAAAUAAAGCCACACCGGCAUGCCAGUGUGAAGAUUUAGCGUGAAAUAUCCUCAACUCUUUUUGGUUAUUUUUACUCGUUUCUCCUCUUAGUAUACAUGUAUUAUCUUCUUGUGAAAUGAGUGUGAAAUUUAUUUAGCUGUUAAAGUUUCACUGUUUCCUUGUUUUUUUCUGGUAUUUGUAACAUCUGUAAUCGUGCCCCGGCUUUCAAUAAACAUUUUCACUCUCUCAUUAGCUAGCAUUUUGGGCCUAUGACCCAAACCUUGUAUUUGCCUAUAAAUAGCACCUUCCAAUGAGAAAUGAAGAUCCCGUUUAAUGGUUGUAUUGUUAUUCUGUUAAAUUUAAUACACAUUUUUUGCAUC